UUCCUAGUCACCCAUGGCAGCCAUUCACCAAUGGGUUAAAUCCACUCACCAGGCCAAUGGACAGGAUCCUCCCCAAGCAAUUAAAAGCGCCCGCCCCCUUAUACUCACUGUCUUUUUUUCCUGUCCACGGGCUGAUGGUGCAGGUGGAUUAUUCCCAGCAGUAAGGGGGCUCUCUGCUCUCUCUCUCGGUUCCCCCUUACAGUUGCUGAGGUCCCAGUAGCUCCCCCUGAGUUGGGGUUAGCAAGGGAGGGACCAGGCGUUUGCAUGGAGGCAUCCUGUGUCCAGCCGUACCUCCCGUAGUAUGCGGGUUAGGGAGGCGAAGGAGGUGUUGCGCAGUGUGGCGCCGAAACCGGAAGUGACGUCACAACGACCGCGAGAGUUUCCUACACUGGGCUGGAUGCGGAGCGCCGUAUGGGCGGAAGUACCUCAGGCGCCAUUUUGGAAUCUGGCAGCAUGGCGAACCGGAAGUGCGGGUUUUCGCGCCUGAGAUGCGCCAAACAGUAUUUUAGUGCGUUCAGGUAGGCAGGGAUGCCCUUCUUUAAUAGUCUCUUUACUACUUGUGACGCUGGGUCCUGCAGGAGCCUGUUAUUCUGCUGAUACAGGUAUGUGCAGUAGUAUUAUGCUGCCAGGAUAUUUUUGUUUGUCCAGGAGAUAGACUAAAAGUUUGUUUUUAUGCAGCACCUCUAUGGAGUCGGGAAUGCCGGGCAAACCACCUCACCCCAAAGGGAAAAGCCUUCCUGCCACUGAGAAGAAAGACAAAACGCCAGAAAAGGCUACGUCAGUUCAAGCUCCAGGAGAACCAGGAGUGUCAGCUUCUCUUGAAAAUCAAGCUUUUGCUGAAUCUUUGGCUGCGGUCAUUAAGCAAGCGGUGGUGCAAGGUUUUCAGGAAGUAGCAACUUCUAAAAAGAGGGCAAGACAUGGUUACUCCAGACAAAUAGAUUCCCUUUCUGAGGUUUCGGAGGGAGAACUUUCAGAAGAUUCAGAAUUAGAUUCUCCUUUAGGUUCGGAAGAAGGGGAGAUUGACAUGGAGGAGGACUCCAAUUUUGAUCUGGCAGUGAUCGAGCCUCUGAUAAAAGCAGUUAGGCAGACUCUGACCUUCCCCAUGGAACCUGCCAAAUUAUCUUCAGCUGAUAAGUUGUUCCCGUCUCUGAAGAAGAGGUCGGUAUGCUUUCCAGUUCACGCCUCAAUUAAAGAUAUUAUUAUGGCAGAAUGGAAAAAAACAGAAAAAAGACCUCAGAUUGCAGGAAAAUUUCUUAAGAAAUAUCCAUUUGCAGAAGAGGAUUCGAAAUUUUGGGAUUCAUCCCCUAAGGUGGAUGCAGCGGUUGUGAGACUGGCAAGAAAGACCACCUUACCGGUGGAUGAUGCGGCAGCUUUCAGAGAACCGAUGGAGAAAAAGAUGGAAUUUAAUCUUAAAAAAUCUUUUGGAGCAGCAGGGGCAGCCUGUAGACCGGCAGUGGCGCUUACUUCAGUUUCGCGAGCCUUAAAAGUGUGGCUAGCUGAGGUAGAAGAAGCAAUCACGUCUAAUGUAAAAAGACCUAAAGUGUUGGAAAUGCUGGCUGACUGUAAGUUGGCAGUUGAUUUUAUGUCAGAAGCUUCUAUUGAUCUAGUCCACUUUAUGGCAAGAUCUAUGGCACUGUCGGUGGCAGCAAGGAGAGCGUUGUGGCUUAAACCUUGGGCAGCAGAUGCAGCCUCGAAAUCCAACUUAUGCCAACUACCAUUUGAGGGAGAAAUGUUGUUUGGAGAGAGAUUGGAUUCAAUCAUCAAGAAAGUAUCUGGAGGAAAAAGUGUGUUCCUUCCUCAGGAAGGAAGAAACAAAAGGAUGAGGUUUGAUACAUCUUUUCACAGAGAGAAGGAGAGAUCAUUUAGAACAUCCAAACAAUAUAAGCCAGGGAAAGAAUUUAACAGACAGUCGUCUUGGAGAUCGGGCCGUCAAAGCUCAAGAGGCAAUUUCAGGAGAUCGAGAGGUUUCUCCACCUCAGGCUCAACGGCUCAGCAGCAAUGA